GACCUGCCCUGCGCCUUUUGAUGACGUACCACUGUCUCAGUAGCGCCGUUGAAAACAGAGAACAUUGAAUCGGCGUUACAAAACAGAGCAGAGCCAUGAAUUGGAACAAAGGUGGUCCAGGUAUUAAGCGAGGUUUUGGGUUUGGAGGAUUUUCCCUCGCGGGGAAAAAAGAGGAACCUCGUCUUACACAGAAAUCUCACACAUCAUUUGGAGCCACGGGAUCAGGUGGAGGAUACGGCAAGAACCAACAGCUGCCAUCCUUCUACAAAAUAGGGACAAAAAGAGCUAACUUUGAUGAAGAAAAUGCCUAUUUUGAAGACGAUGAAGAGGAAUCCAGCAGCAACGUGGACCUGCCUUAUAUCCCAGCUGAGAACUCGCCCACACGGCAGCAGAUGCAAGCUGGUGGCGGCUCAGACAGUGAGGAUGAUCCACUAGACGCCUUCAUGGCAGAGGUUGAGAAUCAAGCAGCAAAAGAUAUGAGGAAACUAGAGGAAAAAGAAAAGGAGAAAAGUACCGCCAAGGGUAUUCGUGAUGACAUUGAGGAAGAGGAUGAACAAGAAGCCUACUUCCGCUACAUGGCCGAGAAUCCGACAGCCGGGUUGACGCAAGAGGAGGAGGAGGAAAAUGUCGACUAUGACAGUGAUGGAAACCCAAUCGCCCCCACCACCAAGAAAAUCAUCAUGCCCCUUCCUCCUAUUGACCACACUGAGAUUGAUUAUGCUCCUUUUGAGAAAAACUUCUACAAUGAGCACGAGGAGCUGAGCAGCCUGACUGGAACUCAAGUUAUAGAACUCAGACAGAAACUAAACUUGAGGGUAUCCGGUGCUGCUCCUCCUAAACCCUGCACUAGCUUUGCACACUUUGGCUUUGAUGAGCAGCUAAUGCACCAGAUCCGCAAGUCUGAGUACACUCAGCCAACACCGAUUCAGUGCCAGGGCGUGCCCAUAGCGCUGUCUGGACGUGACAUGAUUGGUAUUGCUAAAACCGGCAGUGGUAAGACUGCAGCUUUUAUCUGGCCGAUGCUGGUUCACAUUAUGGACCAGAAGGAGUUGGAGCCUGGAGAGGGACCCAUCGCCAUCAUCGUGUGCCCCACCAGAGAGCUGUGUCAGCAGAUCCAUGCAGAAUGUAAGCGUUUUGGGAAAGCCUACUCGUUGCGUUCUGUGGCAGUUUAUGGUGGAGGAAGCAUGUGGGAACAGGCCAAGGCUCUUCAGGAGGGAGCUGAGAUAGUGGUGUGCACUCCGGGUCGUCUGAUUGACCAUGUUAAAAAGAAGGCCACGUCUCUGCAGAGAGUCACGUACCUGGUGUUUGAUGAGGCGGAUCGCAUGUUCGAUAUGGGCUUUGAAUAUCAGGUUAGAUCUAUUGCCAGCCACGUCCGGCCAGACAGACAGACCCUUCUGUUCAGUGCUACUUUCCGAAAGAAGAUAGAGAGGCUGGCCAGAGACAUCCUGGUAGAUCCUAUUCGUGUUGUACAGGGAGACAUAGGAGAGGCCAAUGAGGAUGUGACCCAGGUAGUGGAGAUGCUGCACGGCGGCUCAGAUAAAUGGGGCUGGUUGACUCGGCGGCUGGUUGAGUUCACCUCCACCGGUUCAGUCCUCAUCUUCGUCACCAAAAAGGCAAACUGUGAGGAACUGGCAACAAACCUGACCCAGGAGGGUUACAGCCUGGGCCUCCUGCAUGGAGACAUGGACCAGAGUGAGAGGAACAAGGUCAUCAGUGACUUCAAGAAAAAGAAUCUACCCGUACUGGUGGCCACUGACGUAGCCGCUCGCGGUCUGGACAUCCCAUCCAUCCGCACGGUGGUCAACUACGACGUGGCACGUGACAUUGACACGCAUACACACAGAAUCGGUCGAACGGGUCGCGCUGGAGAGAAGGGCGUGGCUUACACCCUCCUCACCAACAAAGACACGUCAUUCGCCGGCGACCUCGUACGAAAUCUGGAGGGAGCCAACCAGUCUGUGUCCAAAGAGCUGAUGGAUUUAGCCAUGCAGAAUCCCUGGUUCAGGAAAUCCAGGUUUAAGGGAGGUAAAGGGAAGAAGCUGAAUAUUGGCGGCGGUGGUCUUGGUUACAGAGAAAGGCCAGGUUUAGGAGCUGAGAGUUCUGACCGCAGCAGUGGCAGCAGUAGUAGUAGUCUGUUGUCAUCCAGUAGUUUUGAAGGAUACACUAAACCCACCACAGGGGCCAUGGGAGACCGAAUGUCUGCGAUGAAGCAGGCCUUCCAGGCUCAGUAUAAAAGUCACUUCGUGGCUGCAUCCAGCGGUCCUCCAAAGCUCAGCGCCAAGUCCAGCAGCUCAUCGGGCUGGACCAGCGCCGGCAGCCUGAGCUCCGUGCCGACGGAAUCCGCCAACGGUUCCGAACGCUCCCACGCCGCUGCGUCGAUGCUGAGCGGCUUCACCAGUGCCGGAUCCCUGAGCUCUGUGGCAACCAGUCAGACCAGUUCGCCGCUCAUCCAGUACCCGGCCACGCCCAGAGACAGCCCCAGGGACAGACACGGAGAAGACCGGGGACGCCACGGAGACGGACACGGACACCCACCGCCACAGCGACAGGAGACAGGAGCGGACCGGCACAGUGGCGGCGACGACCGCUACGGAGACAGAGAUCGCCAUGGAGACCGCGAUCGAGACCGCUACGGCGACCGCGAUCGUCACAGCAGCAGCAGUCGCCACGGCGACAGUCGCAACGGAGACGGAGGGACAGAGAUGAUCGGAGGAGCGAAAGGGACGACAGGGGGAGACGAUAGCUUCGCCGUCCCCGAACCGCCGAAGCGUAGAAAGAGCAGGUGGGACAACUAAGGGAAAACCACCGUCGGUAGAGUAACAUGAAAAACAGCUGCUCCACCAUGAGCUGGUCUGUGUAGGCAGAUAGCAGAGCAUAUCAGACGCAAGCACAGGGUGAACACAUGGACUCUGGAGAAGUGGAAAGUGUCCUGACACCAUAGAGGGGUUUGUUUUGGUCCAAACUGAACCGAGUUAGUGACAGAAGCAGCUCAGAGCAGCCACUGUACAUACGCCAUCCAGACCGUCGUUAAUAUACGUCCAUAGGUUGAAGCAGUAGAGCUGGAACCAACCCUGCUGUCGGUAAAUCAUUACAAUGUGUUGGUUGUUGUCUUGUUUUCCUCACGAGCUCCUAACAUGCUUUCGUGCUUGCAGACCUGAUGCUGUAUUUUCCUAAUGGAUCUUUGCCAAGUGUUUGUGUGUUUGCAUUUAGUUGAUCUACAAAGUUAAAUACUGUUAAUACCGACUCAUCUCAAAGGCGCCCUGUGAUUAUUACAUUCAAUAUCAUGUCCGUAUAUACAGUAUAGCUCUUUUGUGUCUUGUAUUCAAGUUUUAGUAAAGUGCCUUUCCAUGGCAUUUAGUGUGUCUAUGCUUUGAAAUAUUUUCAAGAAAAUGGAUAUGUUUGUAAGAAAGGAAUUUCGAGUGUCUGUUAACACAAUGAAAAUGUGAAGUUUUGAAUAAAAGACUCCUUUGGCAUCUG